AUGUAUACAUCAUUGAAUAAUCCACCGGUAAGUAUUUGUCCUUUAGGUACAGGCAACGAUCUCUCACGUGUAUUGGGUUGGGGUCGGUAUUACAACAAGAAACGACUCGUAACUAUGCUGCAGCAAAUUCCCAAUGCGCAACCAAUUGUGCUCGAUCGCUGGCAAAUCACUUUUGAACAAUUAGCAAUAACAAAUCCUAUCGAAGAAUCUCAAAAUCUACGUCGAUGUUUAUCAUAUUUUCUGGAUCAUCCAAAGUUUGUGCGUGAAACUGAUCGGUCAUCUUAUCAAAAUUAUCGAGCUUCUCUCAAUGUUCGCUUUACUAAUUACAUAAGUUUUGGACUAGAUGCAGCUGUUGUACUUGAUUUUCAUGACAGACGAAUCCGUCAUUCGUCGAAAUUUACGUCACCAUUCAAAAAUAAGCUUAUUUAUCCGAACACUAGUCGAAAAUAUGUUCGAGAGUUUGCCUUGUGGAGAGCAUGGAAUUUAACGCCAUACAUGCGACUGUUUUGUGAUGGUGAAAACGUGACCAAUUCAAUACGCCAUUGUUAUACUGUUGUUCUAUUGAAUAUUCCAAGAUAUGGAUCAGGAACUCAUCCUUGGAGUAGAAUAUCAUCAACCACUAUUCGAAAUCAAACUGAUAGAUUUGAUCAGAUCAGGUCGAGUACAUUUCAAAGCCCUGAUUCAUCUGAUUACAUUCCAAAAGAUAGCAGAUUUACAACGUCAUAUACAUUCAAUACCAUCAUAUCAACUACAUCAUCUACCAAUACUGAACAAAUUGGAAAACAGGAUAUUAGUGAACGAAAAAUUGAAGUACUCGGAUUAGACUCGAUGCAGAUGGCCUUAAUUCAUAUUGGCUUUCGAGGUCAUCGCAUUGCUCAAUGCAGUGAAGUUCGUAUCGAACUAAUUCGUUCGAUGCCGGUACAUAUGGACGGUGAACCAUUCUAUCUUCCUCAAUCUAUCGUAGUCAAUAUCGCUCAUGCAGGUCAAGUACUAAUGUUGAGAAAAGAGACUAGCUAA